CUCCUAACAGGGCUCUCGUCUGGGGCGGUGGCUGGGGGUCGCCCUGCCCCCUGCCCGUGUCUCCGAGCACCCCCAUCCCUCCCCUGCCGGGCGAGGCCCGCCCCGGGGCCCGGCGCCCGCCAUGAACGGCCUGUCGGUGACUGAGCUCUGCUGUCUCUUCUGCUGCCCGCCCUGCCCUGGCCGCAUCGCUGCCAAGCUCGCCUUCCUGCCUCCAGAGCCCACCUACUCGCUGGUGCCUGAGCCUGAGCCCGGGCCCGGUGGGGCCGGGGCCGCCCCCUCGGGGACCCUGCGGGCCUCAGCCGGCACCCCCGGGCGCUGGAAGCUCCACCUGAUGGAUCGCGCCGACUUCCAGUACAGCCAGCGCGAGCUGGACACCAUCGAGGUCUUCCUGACCAAGAGCAGCCGGGGCAACCGCAUCUCCUGCAUGUACGUGCGCUGCGUGCCCGGCGCCAGGUACACGGUUCUCUUCUCGCACGGCAACGCGGUGGACCUGGGCCAGAUGAGCAGCUUCUACAUCGGGCUGGGCACGCGCCUCAACUGCAACAUCUUCUCCUACGACUACUCGGGCUACGGCGUGAGCUCGGGCAAGCCUUCCGAGAAGAACCUCUACGCCGACAUCGAUGCCGCCUGGCAGGCCCUGCGCACCAGGUGGAGACAGCCAGGUGGCAGCUGGAGGGUCCCUGCCUGGAGCUGGGUGAUAGGACGAGGCUGGUGCUCAGCACAGCAGUGCUCAUGGUACGGCAUCAGCCCAGACAGCAUCGUCUUGUACGGGCAGAGCAUCGGCACGGUGCCCACCGUGGACCUGGCCUCGCGCUACGAGUGCGCCGCGGUGGUGCUGCACUCCCCGCUCACCUCGGGCAUGCGCGUCGCCUUCCCCGACACCAAGAAGACCUACUGCUUUGACGCGUUCCCCAACAUCGAGAAGGUGUCCAAGAUCACGUCGCCGGUGCUCAUCAUCCACGGCACGGAGGACGAGGUGAUCGACUUCUCGCACGGGCUGGCGCUCUACGAGCGCUGUCCCAAGGCCGUGGAGCCUCUGUGGGUGGAGGGCGCCGGGCACAACGACAUCGAGCUCUACAGCCAGUACCUGGAGCGCCUGCGCCGCUUCAUCUCCCAGGAGCUGCCCAGCCAGCGCGCCUAGCCUAGCAGCAGACCCGAGCCGCGCCGGGACCUCAGCAAUAAGGCGGCGCCCGGACCCCGCCCCGGCCCCGGGGGCUGCAUGUGAACCCCCGGGCGCCCCACGUCCUCGAAGCAGCUGGCCGGUAGGGGUCGGGACCUGACCCGGCCCCUGGGCCGUGGACAAUGUACAGGCGACGGAGCUAUGCUCUCCUUUCCUUUUGGAAGCAAAACGAAGGAAAAACGUGAGAACAGAAAUUAAAGAUUUAAAAUUUUAA